CAGGGACUCAACUGGCUUUUCAACAGUAAUUACAGGAUGAAGAUGGCAAAGCUUUGGACAGCGUUUGCCAGAUCACACAGGUACGCCCUCAGUACAAGAGCACCCAAGGGUGUGGCACAUAUCUCUUUUUCUUUUUCCCAUGCAGGUGAAAAUUUAAAACAGAAUGUCAAACAGUCAGAGGUCCAGAGGCAUUUCAGACUGCAAGACACAGUCCCUAAACACAAUGAAUACAUAUGCCGUAUGCAAAUUAUGCCACACUAGACCUAAUGCAAAUAAGCUUUGGUCUUGUUUUUUUUGCACAAAACAAAAUCAGUCGUGUUUUUACAAGAGAUUGAUGUAUUGUUAUUUGAAAGGCGGGCAUAAUGAAGUUGUGUCGCAAUCAGAAUAGAAAUGUACACAACCCUGGCCUUUAAAAUGUCAGUAAGUAUAUCAUGUUUGUUUUACUGCAGAAUGCAUUUUCAACAAAAGCCUUUUUCUUUUCUUUUUUUUUUUUUUGCAUGAUAUUUGAAAUCGUAGUCCGAGAAGGUCUAAGGGAACUCAUCCAUAACCCAAGUAUUUUACUUUCAUAUUAUCCUAUUACAUUCCAUUACCCAGCUUUUGCAUUUUUGCAAAAUACAUACAUGAAACUAAAAGUUAUGCAUUCAAAAAGUUACAGUUGAAGGACUAUCAGUAAAAUAUACAUCAAAAGUGGUAUUAGUAGUGCAAACUUGCAUAUAAAGUAUAUUAUAGAGGGUGGAAAGUAGCUUAGUACAUGUACUGAAUCAAUGUACUUCAGUAAAAUGUAUAAAUAAAAUACUCUUUACUUGUACUGCUCUAUAUUUAGGUGGACAUUAUGUUUUACUGCACCACUGUGCAUAUUGCUUUCACAGAUGUAGUCACUUUUCACCUUUUCUUUUUACAUUUACAUACAAUUACCGUCUUUGUAUUUUAAUUUUAUUUUUAAAUAACUUAAAUUACACAAAAGCAAAAUCCUAGAAAUGAAUUUCCAUUUGUUCAGCACAACUGUCUUUCUCUUCCCUGCUGCAUUCAUCAUCACAGAUGUGUCUCUGGGUUGGGAACCACUGGACUAAAUGACCUCGAAUAUAAAGGGAAGCAACCAGCCACGUCAGCAAAAAUACUACAUAAUCAUCGAUUUAUCUGCUUUAAACCUCUAGUUAUGCAGAAUUACUGAUAAUACUUAUGCACUAUUAAAUGAGUAUAGCAUUAUGACUGCACUUGUUGCAUCGUUCUUCUUUCUCCUAGAUAGAAACACUCAAAAGUACAUUUCACUUUUGCCUGGUGACUUUAUCAAUUUAUUGCGUAUUGCUACUGUUUGCUCAUGGAGAAUGGGUCACGUGUUUGCCAAAACCAGCGAGAGAAAGUUGAGUUAAAGAGUCGUGUGUUGUGUUUGAAUGGGGCGCGGUCAAAUGGCGCAGGGCAGGGUAGGGCAAGGUGCGCGCUCCCUCCCUUCCUUCCUCCCUCCCUUCCUUCCUUCCUUCCUUCCUUCCUCUCUGGCAACUCAGCUGCGCAGCGGACGAGCUUCACGCGCCCCCGGACGGUAAAGAGAGAGAGAGAGAGAUGAGUCUGGAACCCAUGAAAUCGGCCCUCUCCAUCGGCAACGUGGACCACACGUCGCUGGCGCUGCCGUCCGUCCACCAGUGCCGCUCGGGCCAGCAGCGCGUCCUGGAGCAAGUGCAGACGAUCCGGAGGAUCAGGUCGAGGACGUCCAGCAGCAGCAGGACCGGAUUCACUUCUCUGUCUCCGACAUCUCCUUUGUAUGACACAUCUAAUGGAGGCCUCUUCUUCGGGAAUGGCUUUUCUCAAGCUCUCAUCCAAGAGAAGAACGUCAACUGGCAAUCAGUCCACAACAUGAAGGGAUCCAGCGUGAAGAGGAGCACAGCGUCCGCCUAUCAGAGCAAGAGUGGUUACGCCCCUCUCGGCUCCAUGGCGGCCGGUCAACCCAACUCCGGCCGCAGCGAGCCUGAUUUGUUCUGGCAGCGCUCCCCGACGCUGCGCUCGGUUCCCCCGCCGAGGCUGCUUUCCAACAGGGGCACCUACCAGACGGCGAGGGCCACCAAUCGGUUUGUGACGAUCGCCAGCGCCCAGCCUCAGCAUCAACCUCAACAUCAGCCUCAACAUCAGCCUCAGCAGCAGCCUCAGCAUCAGCCUCAGCAGCAGCCUCAGCAUCAGCCUCAGCAGCAGCCUCAGCAUCAGCCUCAGCAGCAGCCUCAGCAGCAGCCUCAGCAUCAGCCUCAUCAGCAGCCGGCGUACGUGAACGGCACCGGGCAGACCACAUCACACAGCCAGUUCAUGUCUCAAGUUAACUUGACCAAAACACUGCCCAGGUCUCCCGUCACAGAGAGUGUCCCGAAGGGGAAAGAAGAUUCUGGGUCAAACGACAACAGUGGAGAUGCUGAUAUCACGAUGAAGGAGGCCGUUGAGUAUCUUUCCAACGGGGAUGAGACGUAUCAGCACUGCGGCGCGUCCUACAUACAGCACAACACUUUCAUCGACGACAAGGCGAAAGAGGAGGUGUUGAAGCUCAACGGGGUCCAUCUUUUGGUGGGCCUGCUGCGCAGCUCCAGUCCACGCGUGAGCCAGACGGCCUCGGCCGCCCUCCGUAACCUGUCCUUUAAAAGCAACAACAACAAGGAGGAGAUGCAGCGCUCGGGUGGCAUCACGGAGGCUGCGGCUCUGCUCCGAGACACGGACUCUGUGGAGACACAGAAACAGCUGACGGGUCUCCUUUGGAAUUUGUCCUCGGUAGACACCCUGAAGCCGGACCUGCUCAAGAGCGCUCUGCCCGUCUUGAUGGAGCGUGCGAUCCUGCCGUACACAACCGGACCCGACCGGACCGCCGGCAACACCCGGGACCCCGAGGUCUUCUUUAAUGCCACCGGAUGUCUCAGAAACCUGAGCAGCACGAAGCAAAGCAACAGGCAGGCGCUCAGAAGAUGUCGAGGUUUGAUCGACUCUUUGGUCAGUUACGUUCAAAACUGCCUGGAGGCCGGAACACCAGACGAUAAGUCCGUGGAGAACUGCAUGUGCAUCCUGCACAACCUGACGUUCCAGCUGGAGGACGAGGUUCCGGUUCUGUUUAGCCGGAUCACGCUGUUGGCGAAGGCCGCCAACACGGGCCCCGGCCAGGGCGACGGCGGCCCCAUCGGCUGCUUCAGCCCCCAGAGCAAAUCGUUGGUGCACGAGCAAAACUUUGACUUCCCGGUCGUCGAGGACCCGCAGCCCAGUGGGGCCGGUUUGCUGAUCCACUCCACGACGAUGCAGAGCUACCUGUCUCUGCUUGAGACGAGCCAGCGAGAAGAAACACAGGAGGCCUGCUGCGGAGCCCUGCAGAACCUCACCGCCCAUGACAGCAUUGUCUCCAGCGUCAUGAGCCAGACGAUUGUGCAGAAACUGAACGGCCUGCAAGUCAUCAGUCCCCUUUUAAAAUCAAAGAAAGUCAACAUGCAGAGGAACGCAGUGGGUUUGGUAGGAAACCUGGCCAAAAACCCCAACUUGCACAACACCAUAGCUCGUAAAGCGCUCCCCGAGCUGCUGGGCAUCCUCAGCGCAGGCACCAAAGAGGGAAAUGAGUCUGAUGACACGCUGGCCAUGGCCUGCCAGACUUCCAAUAGCCUGCUUAUGAAGGAACCUGAGAUGGCCAAGCCCCUGUUAAACAACAACCUGAUUAACUCACUGAAAGAUCUCAGCCAGAACGGAUAUCUCCCCAAAUCCAGCAAAGCUGCAGCCCUGCUCCUCUUCAACAUGUGGUCCGAAAAAGAUGUACAAAGCGUCCUGAAAAAGCAAGGGAUGAAUAAGUCCUCGUUUGUGAAUGACAUCACCACGGCGGCGCACAGGUCGGUGCAAGUUGUGGAUUAACGGCAGUUUACACGAAUGGAUGAAAGUCCCCUUUUCACAACAGAGAAACUCGCCCAAAGGUCCGCUGCACAUCCACUCCGGAGAGCGACUAGACCGUCCAUGUUUGAGUUUUAGAGUUUUAACUGCUUUCAAGUUUCUUUUAUUGUACAGUCUGUGCCUGCAAUCUGGGACCGAGCGCUUUCUUUAUUAGGUAUUAACAUAUGGGUUAUGAUUUUAUUGUCUGUUCAUGUCUGAUUUUUUGGUAUUUUUUUGUUACGUUUGCAAUAAAAACAGUGACCUUUUCUUUUCUUUUUUUUCGUGCGUAGUGUAUAUGAUCUUGCAAUAUUUGUCAUGUGCCCAAAAAGUGUCAUUUAUGAAUAAAGCUGUCAGAGCUCCA